AUGGGGGACGGCGCCGUGAUGGAGUGCUGCUUCAAUCCGCACGAGGCUUGGAAGAAGGCGCAGGCCAAGUUCAACGGUCGCUGCAUGUGGUGCUCGCCGGUGCGCCUCGAGACGGUCUGCAAGGACGCGCGGCAGUCCAAGUUGGCGGCGAGGUUCUUGGUCAUUCUGAACGACUUGGACAAAGGCAUCUUCGACGUGGCCGCGGAGCGUCUCGCCGCCCACGAGAACGGAGGCGACGUCGUUGACCGCGCCAACGCCAUCCUGGCCGAGCGCGGGGGGCUCGCGGACGGGGCGGCAGAGCCAGCGGCGCCGCUCGAGGAACGCCCGCCCGAUGACGAAGAUGCGCCAGAGUUGCCGCCUCAGCCGGCGCCCUUGCCUCCGGCGCCUGCGCAGGACCCGCGGCCAACGUCGCAGCAGCGCCGGGCUCAUCGGCUUUGCGAAGGCUACGCGCUGGCGCGGGCCAUGGGUCGCCAGCUCCGCGGCAAGCAGGACUGCGGCACGUGCGUCUUCUCGACGGCCGCGCCCGGGAAUCGCGCUAGGGCGCUUGGCGGGCAAUGCGUGUUCUGCACACCAGAUCGCAUGAAGGAAGCCGCGAGGGAUACCAUGAAAAAGCAGAACGUGGUCGCCGCCUCGAAGAAGUUCGAGAAGGAGAAGCCCGCAGUCGAAGGCCAGAAGCCCGCGGUGUACGAGAAGGCGCUGGGCCGUCUCCGCAGGCACUUGACAGUGGGCGAGUUCAAAGACAUCGUCACGCCGAGGAACUGCUGCCGCGGCGCCGGCGCGGACAUGUGCCUCUUCAACACAAAAUCCCCAGGGGCUCCGGCGUUCGUCAAGAAGGAUGACAAAGGUCUCUGCAGCUGGUGCAAUCCGGAGCGGCUGCGGGACAUGCAGACGAGCAGGGCAGGCGGCGUGUUGGCGCAGCUCCAGGCGUUCCGGCAGCAGGACGCCGCUGUUGCCGCGAACGCCGAGGCGAUUGCCAAGGAGAUCCUGGGAGACGACUACAUGGCCAAACUGCAGCAGAAACGCGCCAGGGCUCAUCAGCAGCGGGCGCGGCAUCUCCGGCGCAAGGGGGACCAGAAGAAGCAGUGGGCCGAGGCGCUCAAGAAGCGCAAGCUGCCGAGGGAGUCGCCGCAUGACGACCGGGAGACGCGGAAGAGGUACAGGGCGGGCGUCCUUGCCGACCAGAAGAAGGACAUGAACUCUUUCUUCCCGGACGAGGCCGAUCGGAGAGCGCGGGGUGUCGCGGACGACGUCCCGAAGCCGGAGGACGCUCUCCCGCCGCUGAAGGACGCGACGCACUCCGACUUGUCUGCAGGCCUACGCUCAUGGCUGGAGCGUGGUUCCUGGGGGAAGUGCGUGAAGUGCGGAUGCCUGCAGCCUCGGCCAAUGCACGAGAUCGACUUGGCUGGCGACCCGAAGGUGGAGGUGCGCGAGAGCCAGUGUCGCCGCUGCAACGCGGCGCGCGAUUACUGGGCGCCGACGCCAGACGAUGUUCCUCGGGCGCUCCGCAAUCUGUCCGACGACAUUGCCCAGGCCCUGAGGCCGAUCGAGGUGGACGUGGGCCCGGAGACGCGCUCGACGGAUUCGCUGGGACGCUGGAACGGCUACCGCAAGAAGGUGAAGAUGAUCGCCUUCUACUUCUCGAAGUGGCACGUGGAGGACAAGAUCCAGGAGCUGGAGGGGAAGCAGGCGCGAAACACAGCCAGGAAGGCGCACAGGUAUUUGCUCUCGUGCGAGGAGUCAGCGUACCGUCGGUUCCACGACAUGCACGAGAACCUGUACUGGCGCACGGACAUGACAGAGACCCACGAGCAGUGGUCUGACGCGCGGCGCGAAGAGAAUCGCGAGGCGAAGGACCCGAAGAAGAAGCGCGCCAAGUACGGCUACGACAGCGAUGACUCCGACGCAGCAGACGGGCAUGGCAAGUGCGACGCGGACGAGCUGGAGCAGGGCGACGACGGAGGGCAACGCACCAGUGUCAAGCGCUCUUUCAUGGCGAAGUGCCUCUCUGACCUGAUUGGAUAUCAAAGCGACUUCGAGCUUCUCCAGUUCGUCUUCGACUUGAACCUCUGGGCUACUUUAGGGGCGAAGAAAAAUCUGAACUUGGAGAACGUGCCAAUGCGCAUCCGCAUGAAGGGCCACCCGUUCUCGCCGCUGUACUGGAAGGACACGCUGAACGCGCUCGUGGACCUCGUUCGACAAGUGGGGCUGCCCAAGCUGUUCUUCACGAUAGCGCCAUGGGAGCAGUCCUUCCCGUACCACGAGUGGCUCCGCGACGAGAUGCACAAGACGCUGAGGACGCGGAUGCACUUGCCCGUGGGCGAGAUCGUCCGCGGCGUCAUCGCAGGCAACAACCAGCAGAGCCAGGAUCGGGCUGAUCGAAGGUGGAAGAAGCACGUCUUCUCCUGCAAGACCGAAGACGGCAAGACGACGAAGACUGUCACGUCGUUCACGCGCUUGGAGUUCCAGGACGGGAGCCGCAAGGAGGGCACGAAGCGCUACGACGGAUCAGGGCGCCCACAUUUGCACGUGCUGUUCUUCGCGGAAGAAGACGUCCUGGCCGACGCCAAGCUCGAGCGGCACCUCUUCGCUUCGAAGACUGAUGAGUUCAGUGAUCACUUGAAGGGCUACAUCGACGGCUCGCAGUUGGACAAGCGGGGCGCUUCCGAGAGCAAGUGGCCGGUGUACAGUGGAGAGCCAGGGUACCAUAUUCAAGCAGAGAAAUUGUUGCUUCAGCAUUCCCAGGCCGACAAGGAAGCGGGACUCCGCGCUUUCUGUGUAGACGUUAUGGACGCGGUCCCCAUCCACCAGGACUGGUUGGAAUCGGAUGGGGAGUCGCUGCUCUUGCAAUACGUCACGAAGUACGUGGCAAAAUUCUCGGACUCGAGCUACGACGAGUGGAUGAAUGGCCAGGCGUCCGCGGACAGCGUGGCCCGCAGAGUCUGCUUCGAGUACCACCCGUACGAGCCCGAGAUGAUUCUGCAGCUCUGCGGUGCGCAGUUCCGCCAGGUCGACAUCUCCGCGGUCAGCGGAGGGUGGAGGUCGGUGACAGCUCCUUACGUCGGCAUGGCGGAGACGCCCGCGUGGGUGGAGAAGUACGCCACCUGCGAGUGGCGGAGCGAGGAGAUGUGCCUGCUGGAGUGGCUGCGGAAGACGAACGACGAUGGCAGGAUUGCUGGGUGGCUGAAAGCUCGCCACAAGGCGGCUCUAUACGAGGCCGCGUACCAGCAUCACUGCGCCACGUUGACGCCCGGAGGAGAGCCGCCGUCGCCCGCAGGAUUUCGCAGCGAUCUCCGGAAGCAGUACAAGCAGAGCGGCGAGGGUGCUCCGUUCUUGGUGUGGAUGGAGGAGAUGUCCGUGCGCGCGGGCGCGAGCGCCGCCGAGUUCCCUUCGCUGGAGGAGUUCGCGCGGGACUACGUCGUGAGAGGCGAGAAGAUUGUCGCGGUGGACACGGUUUUCGAGUUCAACGACCGGUACUACGGGCAAUGGGCGGCCAUGAAUGUGCCAUUCCGGGACUUGGAGGAUUUGCGAUUCGACGUGGUGGACAAGUUCGUGCCGGCGAAGUUCCGGCACCUCGCCGCGGCGCUGAAGCUCUGCGCCAACCGCAGCAGAGUCCCCGAGGAAUUCCGCGAGCUGUUCGUCGACGAGAGCUCCCAGAAGUUCAGCGAAAGCGUAUACCGCAUGAUUGUCGGGCAGCGGAAGCUCAUCGACAUGUACCUCACGGGUGUCCUGGACAAGAACGACGAGAGAACCGCGCGGGACGCCGAGGCCGCCGCGACUGGGGGCGGCCGGCAGGCGCGCGAUGGAGCGCAAGCAGACGUGACCUUCCUUCGGAAGCAGUUGCAUGUCGAGGAGACGGUCAACGAGAGCGUGGAUCGCGCUCUGCAGGCGAAUCAUUCGGAGAACUGGGAGGAGGCAGACGAGGCGCGCGAGGAGGCUUUCCAGAAGAACAAACCGAUAGUAUGCCUCGGGAAGCCAGGGACGGGGAAGACCACGGUCGUCAAGUGCUGCAUCCGCCGCGCGCAGGAGCGAGGCGCCCGCGUCCUGUUCGCCCUCCCGACGGCGCAGCUGUCGAGUCGCAUGAAGCAGGCGCUCCCGCUGAUGACCAUGUACGACCUGGUCGUCGUGGACGAGGUGUCGCUCUUGGACUGCCCGCAGUUCGAGCGACUGAUCAAACUGUGGAGCGUGGCAGAGAAAGUGCCCGCGCUGGUCUUCCUUGGGGAUAAGUGCCAGCUGCCGGGCGUUGGAGAGACGCGUCCGUGGGAGAGCGCUGCGUGGCCUCGCCCGAAUUGCUACCACGUGAAACUGGACGAGACGCGGCGCUGCAAGGAGGAACGCUUCCAGCACAUCCUGGACGAGCUCCGCACGAGCAAGCCGUCGAAGGAAACGCUGCAGAAUAUCUGUCGCGGCCACAAGGCAUGGAAGAUCGGCGCGCCGACUCCGGCAGACCUGAAGACGCUGUUCGAGAAACACCCGGAGACGCGGAUUGUGACCUGCACGCGCAAAGGCGCCGCCACCGUGAAUGAGGCCGCCAUCGUUGCUCUGUGCGGCCGGAAGAGUCCCCUGGGUACGCUCCCCGGGGACGUGGAGCUGAAUCCGGAGAACUAUUGGGACGGCAAAUUUCGCACAGACCGCCGGCCCAUUCCAAGCGCAGUUCCCGUGUACAAGAAGAUGCAGGUCUACUUGACGAAGAACGUGCGCAAAGAGGAUGACUACGUGAACGGCAUGCUCUGCGAGGUGGAGAAUUAUCAUGCCGACGAG